GGGCGGUGCAAGGGGGCUGGUGCAGCGCGGUGCUCGGCUGUCCCCUUUAGCCGCGGGGUGUCGGGCACCUGGCAGCUCUGCACCCCGCUGUAGCGCCCCUGGCUAAGCUCCCGUGCCGUGCGGGGCCUAGCGUGGUGCAGAGCAGCGAGCCCGCUGUGACAUAGUUCCGGCUCCACUGCGGAAUCUGCCGGGACCUAGAUCCCGCUAGUGGCCCCGCUCCCCUGGGCAGCUCGCUGUGCCCUGCAGCGGCCCGUUCCUCUCAGCUAUUUCCCCUGCCAGGCCGGCAGCCUGCAGUGCCACUGAUGUCUGUUCUUGCACACCAGGCUUUGGGAAUAUGUGAGGAGACCUUAACGGAGUCCUUGUCAGUGAAGAUUUUGGCAUUGUCAGAAGCUGAAUGUGAUGUUUGUUGGAGGACCAAACCAAAGGAAGGAUUAUCAUAUUGAAGAAGGAGAAGAGUUAUUUUACCAAGUGGAAGGAGACAUGUGCUUGAAGAUAAUUGAAAAUGGAAACCACAGAGAUAUCCACAUCAGAGAAGGGGAGAUGUUUCUCCUACCUGCCAGGAUACCACAUUCUCCUCAGAGAUAUGCAAAUACUGUGGGACUCGUGAUUGAAAGAAAAAGGCUAAACACAGAAACAGAUGGACUUAGAUAUUAUGUUGGAGAAUCAACCAACGUCCUGUUUGAAAGAUGGUUUCAUUGUGAGGAUCUUGGCACACAACUUAUACCGAUAAUCCAAGAGUUUUUCAGCUCAACACAAUAUCACACUGGAAAACCAAAUCCAGCUAUAGGGGGAACUUUAACCAGGUGUCUCCAUAUCCCAGAUGAUCUUCUGAAAGACACCCCUUUCCCACUAAAUGCCACUGGAGUCAUGGAUCCAUUUUCCUUCCAAAUCUGGCUAAAUGAUCAUCGUGGAGAAAUAAAUCAGAAGAAAUCCUUGACCAUGUUUGGAGACAAUUUUGAGACAGAGGCUGUAGUUUAUGGACAAGGAGUAAGUGAAGGAAGCAAAAAGAAUACCGAUAUCUGGAUAUGGCAGCUGGAAGGCACAUCUGUUGUUAUUAUGGAUGGUAAAAUACUGAGUCUAGCUGCUGAUGACAGCCUGCUCAUCCCUGCCCUGUCUAGGUACCACUGGAAGAGAGCGGAAGGAUGCAUUGCUCUUUACGUUACUCAAGACCCAAUACGCAAAAGACCCUAUGCCUAAUUUCUGGGAACGUAAACUAAACAUGGAUGAUCUUUAAAAUUAUCUAUGUGGGAUAAAGUUUUUGAUGUUGCUGACAGGGCUGCUCAGAAAAUGAAUUACUUGUCUAAUAAAAAGGUUACAAUGAAA